ACCGCAUAUUCCAUCUUCUAUUAAACCCUCUUCCCUCUCCUUCCAAAACCAUGUGUAAACUUUUUAUUUUCUUUGCUCCAUCCAUAUUAUAAUAUUAAUAAAACAACAAGUUUUUUGCUUACUACUUCGAUGGCUAAGUUUGGAUUAUCUCCAUUCUUGGUGGUUUUGAUGUUGCUGAGUGGUGGUGCAGUGAAAGGCCAAAAUGGGAGUGGGAGAGAAAUGGUGCCUGCCAUGUUCAUAUUUGGUGACUCUCUCAUUGACAAUGGCAACAACAACAACAUUCCUUCCUUUGCUAAGGCCAACUAUUACCCUUAUGGCAUCGACUUCAAUGGUGGCCCUACUGGUCGCUUCUCAAAUGGCUACAAAUUGAUAACACAUGAUAGCACUAUAUGUAGAUUGUAUCAUAAUUGGAUCUGUUUUGAGCAGGUUGGGCGCAUACCAUUUGAUCAGCAAAUUAGGAACUUUGAGAACACAUUAAAUCAACUUGCUGGGAAUCUUGGAGCAGCGAAUAUGGCCACAGCGCUUGCACGGUGCAUAUUCUUUGUUGGAAUGGGAAGCAAUGACUACCUAAACAACUACCUUAUGCCUAAUUAUCCCACUAGAAAUCAGUACAAUGGACCACAAUAUGCUGAUCUCUUGGUUCAAACAUAUAACCAGCAGCUCACAAGGCUUUACAAUCUUGGAGCAAGGAAAUUUGUGAUUGCUGGACUGGGGCUAAUGGGAUGUAUUCCAAGCAUAUUGGCUCAAAGCACGAGUGGAAGCUGUUCUGAAGAAGUGAACUUGUUAGUGCAACCCUUUAAUGAAAAUGUGAAGAACAUGUUGAACAAUUUCAAUAGUAAUCUACCUGGUGCCAGAUUCAUAUUCGCUGAUACUGUCCACAUGUUCCAGGACAUCCUUCUCAAUGCUAGAUCUUAUGGAUUUACUGUUAUAAAUAGAGGGUGCUGUGGCAUUGGAAGAAACAGAGGCCAAAUUACAUGUCUCCCAUUCCAAACACCAUGCCCUAACAGAAAUCAGUAUGUGUUCUGGGAUGCAUUCCACCCAACAGAAGCAGUGAACAUUCUCAUGGGAAGAAUGGCGUUUAAUGGGAACCACAAUUUUGUUUAUCCUAUAAACAUAAAGCAACUAGCUGAGCUAUGAAUUGAGCCAGCUAAGUGGGAAUAUUGUUCUAUCAGUGUCACUUAUAUAGCUAGAAUGAACUAAAAGUAUGUGGAGCAACAAU